AACACCUUGACAAAUAGACUAAAUGAGGGAGAAUUUACGUUAGAAACUAUCAACUGCUAAUAUUAGAGUGUAAAGCAGAGAGACAUUUCAUGGUCUCCUCGUCCUUUUAUUCAUUCAAACUAUCAACUUCGAUUGUGUCAUGGUCUCUUUCUACCGUAAAUUCUCCCUCAUUGCUAUCCCAAAACUAGUUCCUCAAGAGCAACGGCUACCACGAUCAACUAAAAUAUUCAUACCUUUCUCUCAGCUUCAGCAGCGAAAACUUCUAGAGGUGCGGCUCGUCUCUGUUCUCCAUGGCUGCACCAACCUCACCGAAAUCAAACAAGUCCACGCCCACAUCCUCCGCAUGGGCCUUGAACAAUGUUGCUACGUUCUCACCAAGCUUAUACGUAUACUCACUAGACUCCACGUUCCGGUUCACCCCUACCCUUACCUUGUCUUCCAACAGGUCAAGUCCCCAAACCCAUUCCUCUGGACUGCUCUCAUCCGCGGGUAUGCCAUCCAAGGUCCUUUUUCCGAAUCGGUUGUUUUGUAUAAUCGCAUGAGAAGGGAAGGUACCGGGCCAGUCUCGUUUACGUUCUCUGCACUUUUUAAGGCUUGCGGUGCAGUUCUUGACGUAAAUUUAGGGAGACAAAUCCAUGCGCAAACAAUUGUGAUUGGUGGGUUUCAUUCUGAUUUGUAUGUUGGCAAUACUAUGAUAGAUAUGUAUGUUAAAUGCGGGUUUUUAAAUUGUGGGCGCAAAGUGUUUGACGAAAUGGGUGAAAGGGAUGUGAUUUCUUGGACCGAGUUGAUUGUUGCUUAUGCAAAGCAUGGGGAUAUGGAUUCGGCAGGGGAAUUGUUUCAAGGGUUGCCUGUGAAGGAUAUGGUGGUGUGGACUGCAAUGGUCACAGGCUAUGCUCAAAAUGCUAGGCCGAGGGAGGCGUUGCAGUGUUUCGAGAAAAUGCAGGAGGUGGGUGUGGAGACCGAUGAUGUUACAUUGGUUGGUGUCAUUUCGGCUUGUGCACAAUUGGGUGCGGCUAAGUAUGCUAAUUGGGUGCGGGACGUUGCUGAGAAAUCGGGAUUUGGGCCCACUGAGAAUGUUGUUGUGGGAUCUGCAUUGAUAGAUAUGUACUCAAAGUGUGGAAGUGUUGAGGAAGCAUAUAAGAUUUUUGAAGGAAUGAAGGAAAGGAAUGUGUUUUCUUAUAGUUCAAUGAUUGUGGGAUUUGCGAUGCAUGGUUGUGCUCAUGCAGCAAUGCAGUUGUUUCAUGAGAUGUUGAAGACCGAGACAAGACCCAACAAAGUCACUUUUAUUGGGGUGCUUACAGCGUGCAGCCAUGCAGGCUUGGUUGAACAAGGUCAGCAAUUAUUUCUGACCAUGGACAAAUGUUUUGGUGUUUCUCCUUUGGCAGAUCACUAUGCUUGCAUGGUAGAUCUGCUUGGUCGGGCUGGACGGCUGGAAGAAGCACUUGAGCUUGUUGAAACAAUGCCCAUGGAACCCCACGGAGGUGUGUGGGGAGCACUGCUUGGAGCAUGUCGCAUCCAUGGAAAUCCUGACAUUGCUCAGAUUGCUGCUAACCAUCUCUUUGAGCUUGAACCUAAUGGUAUUGGAAACUACAUCUUGCUCUCUAACAUAUAUGCAUCGGCAGGUAGGUGGGAUGAUGUUUCUAGUUUGAGGAAGUUGAUGAGAAAGAAGGGCUUGAAAAAGAAUCCUGGGUGUAGCUGGGUUGAAGGAAAAAAGGGGGUAAUUCACGAGUUCUAUGCAGGUGAUACGAGCCAUCCAAAAUCUAUUGAGAUUAAGCAGGCAUUGGAUGAUCUUCUGGACAUAUUAAAGGCUCAUGGGUACCAGCCAAUACUAAGUUCUGUCACUUAUGAUGUUAGUAAUGAAGAGAAGCAGCGUAUACUGAUGAGUCAUAGUGAGAAGCUAGCCUUGGCAUAUGGGCUGCUCAGUACAGAUGCCGGUUGCUCGAUUAAGAUCAUGAAGAAUGUCAGAAUAUGCGAUGAUUGCCAUGCGUUCAUGUGUAGUGCAUCUCAAGCUACUGGGCGGGAGAUUGUUAUAAGGGAUAACAUGAGAUUUCAUCACUUUCAUGAUGGGGCAUGCUCUUGCGGUAAUUUUUGGUGAUUGAUGAUGAAGGUCCAACACCAACCCCUUACAGUCCUUUAUAUGGGUGGAUGUUGGUAAUGUAAUUGUUUUGCCCGUUGAUACUCAAAUAUCCAUGCUCCUCAAUUGGUAUGAUGUAUGUGAGCAGCCGCCUAGAAAACCUCUUCUGGAACAGUUAUUUCUGAAUUUGCAUUAGCCGGCUUCUUUUGUGGCUAAUGCAACCUUCGAGAUUUUUGGUCUAUGAAAAAGCAAAUUACGAUGACGAAACAGUUCUGAUUGUUCACACAGCUUUCUUUACUGGACAUCUUUCUCUUUUCACUAGUGAACUAGGACAUCGACAAAAUUCGUUAUGUCAAAGGUUACUAUUUGGUACUACAAGAGGACAAACUUAUGGACCAGUAUGCCGAUUUUCAUCAAUGUGGGAACGUCAAAUAGAACACUUGAAUUGCGACUCUCCUUUGAAUCAAUAAGUUUGCGCUUUGGAGGAGGUAAUUCCUGUAAUGGUAGUGAAUUGUUUUUCGUUUUUGGCGGUGAAUUGUUUUUCUCUACGCUUUAAUCACUGUUAGCCAAGCCUUAUUUGAAUUCAAGCUCAAAGAUUUCAUUUGUUUGCAUAACCGUUCUAUGAUCAGAUAUCUUAAAUUUCAACUUCAAUCUUUUUUUUUUUAUUAUUAUUGAAAGUACAAUUAAUUAUUUAUUCGUUGUAGAAGUAAACGAAUAAGAAGAACGAACAGUGAUGACAAAUAUUUUGUGCAAAUCAAGCAGAUUGAGUUUAUUUAGUCCAAUGCCCAAGUGGAGAUAGUGGCAGUGAGUAAGAUGUUCAAAUUACUUAAGCUAAUCAGGCUCAUGAAGCUGCCCCUUGUGACAAAAUCAAUGGAUUGAGGAAGCUUGGUAUGGAAUAUUUUGAUGAAGAGGAUGAUGGUAUAUCAUCUGCAUAAGGAUGAUGCAUCUUUCUUUUUGCCUUUUCAGGGGCUAUUUUUGGGGUGGGAGGAGGGGGGGGUAUGCUGUUAUACCCUGUUUUAUGUUGCAGGUGUCAAACUAGACUAUCAAAAUGUUAGUCAGUGUUAACCUUAAACGUUGUUAAAUUAAUGAAAUUGAGUUAUUUGCAUAAAUUCCUUGGUAAGUGAUUUUUAUUUUGGAUAUGAUUAGUCGAAAAUCUGUACGGCCUUGUUGUGCACAUAUUAACAAGACCCUGCUGGGUUGUAUAA